ACCGCGUGCUCAACAGCGAUCCGCCCGAUUUUUUUCCGUUUUAUCUCCCGCUCGGCCUGUGUGGACCCGGCGUCUUUUAUUCAAGCAUCGGCGGGUACGUCGUGUACGCGUCCGUAACACCGCGAAGUCAUUUUCUGUGCGCAACUGUUCGCCUCCACUGGACUUUCGUAGUGGUGCCCGCUCCCUCAGGACGGACGACCGAGGAUGGAGGGACUUAACGGGAAAUAUUAUUUAUUCCUGUUACUGUUAAUAUUCAUCACAGUCAUCCACAGUACACAAAGUAGACAUAAAAUCAGACAUUACAAGGACAGAUUCAAAAGACAACAAGGAGCACAUCUGUAUUUGCCGGGAAGUUUCGUGACGGAAGGCGGUAGCGGACCCGAUCGCGGUCCGUGGAGUGAAUGGUCGACACCCUCGUCCUGCUCCAGGACAUGCGGUGGUGGUGUUUCCACGCAAUACAGGCAUUGCGCCGUUCCCAAUGAGAAUGGACGAUAUUGCGAGGGUCCGUCAGUGAGACAUUUCUCGUGCAACACUCAGGAUUGCCCGGACGCAACUGACUUCAGGGCACAACAGUGUGCUGAGUUCAACGAUGUUCCAUUUGAUGGUAUUCAUUACCAAUGGGUUCCAUACACCAAGAGUGAUAGAAAAUGCGAGCUUAAUUGUCAACCUAAGGGUGAGAGAUUUUAUUACCGUCAAAAAGAACAAGUUAUCGAUGGUACCAGAUGUGAUGAUGAAACUCAUAAUGUGUGUGUUAACGGAAAAUGCCAGCCCGUAGGUUGCGAUAUGAUGUUGGGAUCCACAAUUCGAGAAGACAAAUGUAGAGUAUGUGGGGGAAAUGGCAGUUCCUGCACCACUUCCGCUGGAACACUCAACAGCACAGACUUAACUCCUGGUUACCACGACAUUCUGUUCAUUCCACGUGGUGCCACCAACAUCAUGGUGGAAGAAAUCGCCCCUUCUAACAAUUAUCUAGCCGUGAGAAACUCCGAAGGACAUUGGUAUCUCAACGGUAACUGGAGGAUUGAUUUUCCAAAAUCCCUUCAAUUCGCCGGAUGCACAUUUACUUACACCAGAGAGCCUCAAGGUUUCGCGGCCCCAGAUAAAAUCACAUGUUUAGGACCAACCGACGAACACCUUUUUGUUGUUUUGCUGACCCAAGAACCGGACGUUGGUGUCAAUUACGAAUACAGUCUUCCACUUGACGUAGUGCCUGGAACUAAUAAUGAACUAUACGACUGGAUUUUUGAUGAAUUUACUCCUUGCAGCGCCACUUGUGGUGGUGGUAUUCAAAGAAGAAACGUAUCAUGUGCCGGAAGAAAAUCCCUUCAACCUGCAGAAAGAGAUUUGUGCAAUUCCAAUAACGAACCUGCAUCUGAACAAAAAUGCAAUGAAAUUCCUUGCGAAGCACAAUGGAUGCCGUAUCCCUGGAGUAAUUGUUCAGUACCGUGCGGAAAGGGUGGUGUACAGACCAGACAAAUAGUUUGCCAAAGAAUUAUAUCAGGAGGUCUUCCUUCAUUGGUGCCCGACUCUGAAUGUGCCCAUUUGCCGAAACCUGAAGAACAACAAACAUGUAACGAAGAUGCCGAAUGCGCUAAAUGGUUCAUAGAACCAUGGAAACCGUGUGACCAUCUUUGUGGUGAUGGUAAGCAAACCAGGAAAGUGACGUGCUAUGUGGAAAAGGACGGAAAGAAGGAAGUACUUGAAGAUUCUCAUUGUGAACAAAUUGAACCAAAACCAGAAACUGAACAAAAAUGUAAUUUAAGACCAUGUGGAGGUGUGGACUGGAUUGCAACUGAAUAUAGUGGUUGUGACAAAAUUUGUGGAAUGAAAACGGAAACUAGAAAGGUCUUUUGUACCGACAGUGAAUCAAAAAUAUACCCGGAUGAACUGUGUAAAGAUAAACAGAAGCCUGAGACAGUACGACCCUGUCAAACUACAAGUACCGCUUGCGAAUUCAUGUGGUAUGUGUCACAGUGGAGCGAGUGUUCAGCUACAUGUGGAGUAGGUGUUCAAACUAGAACAUAUUUCUGUGGUACCGUGACAGUUAACGGUGUUGAAAAAGUAGACGAUUCCAAUUGUAACACAAACAUCACAUUUGAAGUUGAGAAAAAUUGUACAGGACCACAAACAACUUGCGAUGCCGAGUGGUUUGGAGGACCGUAUUCAAAGUGCUCUAAACCAUGUGGUGGUGGAGAAAAAACACGUAAAGUACUUUGUAUUCGCGACAAUGAAGUUGUUGAUCCUACACAGUGUGAUUUAUCGAAUAUAAUUUUCUCCAGUGAAGAUUGCAAUCUGCACUCUUGUUCACCAGACACGAUCAUACCUACAAGUGUAACUCAAAGUAUCGACGAAUCAGAUACCGAGUCUUCCACGAGUAAAAUAAGCGACGAAGAUUAUGAAGUAGUAGCAGAUGACGAAUGUGACGAUGGAGAAUGGGUUGAUGACGAAGAUUACGAAGAAGAAACAGAACCAACGGUUCAGCAGGAGACUGGAGUCACAGAAUCAUCAGCUGAUACUUCUCCAUUUUCACUGGACGAUCUUAUGCUUAGCGAUGGAACAUCAGCAGACACUGCAAGUACAGAUAUAUUCAGUACAUUAGAAACUGGCUCAGGAGACACUGAUAUGACUUCGCCUGGAGAAUCUUCCACAGCAUCAGGUUUGACUGAGUUAACUAGCGAAGGAUCCGGUGAUGGCAGUACAGAACCCGUAAUUACUGAAUCCACAAUCAGUGACGGAAUUUCUUCGAUCACAGACUCCAGUACUGAAGGUGCAUCCGAUAGUACAAAAGUUAGUGAUACGACUCAAUCAGGAGAAACUACCGAAUCAAGCGAAUCUGGAGCUACAACCGAAUCAGGCGCUACAACUGAAUCAGGCGCUACAACAGAAUCUGGAGCGACAACCGAAUCAGGCGCUACUGAUUCUGGAGCGACAACUGAAUCGGGCGCUACGACAGAAUCGGGCGCUACAACUGAAUCGGGUGCUACAACUGAAUCCGGUGCUACAACUGAAUCGGGUGCUACAACUGAAUCGGGAGCUACAUCUGAAUCGGGAGCUACAUCUGAAUCAGGUGCUACAUCUGAACCAGGUGCUACAUCUGAAUCAGGGGCUACAUCUGAAUCAGAAGCUACAACAGAAUCGGGUGGUACCACCGAAUCUGGUGGUUCAACAGAAUCGGAAAUUACAACGGAAUCGGGAGGCACGACAGAAUCAGGGCCUACAACUGACAGUUCUGAUUCUACUAGCACUGAAACUACAGAAACCUCAGAGUUUACGUCUUCUGUUUCUGAUGGAACCACAUCAUCUGAUACUUCUGAAUCUACGACUGACUCGAGUGGAUCUACAAGCGACAUUACCACAGAAUCUGAUAUAACGGGAAGCAGUUCAAUUUCAACAGAUGUUACUGAAAGUACUUCAUCUAUGGAGACUACAACGGAAGAUGAAUCUGAAGUAUUUAUUAAGAAUACUAAAAGUACUGCUCCACAGUCUGGCAGUACUAUGUCAAGUCUUGAUGCAUCAGAAAGUACGGAUGUGACAGGAAGCGCAACGGAAGCUUCUACCUCUGAUACAACUAUGUCAGGAUCAACAGACCAAGGAGCCACAACAGAAGAAGGGGCCACAACAGAAGAAGGGGCCACAACGGAAGAAGGAGCCACAACAGAAGAAGGAACCACAACAGUCUCAGGCGAAACAGGAGCAACUAGCGAAGGCAUUUCGACAGAAUCCGGUUCUAGUGAAACAACAGCAUCUAUAGAUGAAAGUACUACUGUGUCAGGUCUAACAGAUACAACAGUUUCUGGAGCAAGCUCAGAAACUGUUGUUUCAGAUAUUACUGAGAGUAGCGGUUCUACCACUGAAGCUACUGGAAUGACCACUGAAAUUAGUAGUGAAACAUCAGAAACAGGCGGCAGUACUACAGAAUUUGAUGAAUCAACGGAAAUCACAACAGAAUCGGGCAUGACUGAAACCACAGUCAGCGGAAGCACAGAAUACGACAUUUGGUCAACCACAACAGAAUCAGGAAUAACAGACACAUCAUCCAUUACGGAUCUGUUCACAACACGUAGACCACGAAUGUGUAAAAGGAAAAAGUUCAAGGAACCAGCUUGCAAAACUAGUCAAUUUGGUUGUUGCUUGGAUCACAUCACACCUGCAUCUGGACCUUUCGAUGAGGGAUGUCCAGCACCUAAAACAUGUAAAGAAUCCAAAUUUGGAUGUUGUGAAGAUGGAUUAUCACCAGCACUUGGACCAAAAUAUCAAGGCUGUCCCUCAGCUGUAUGUAACGAAACACUGUUUGGAUGCUGCCCUGACGGGAAAACCCCCGCAGAAGGUAAUGAUAAUGAAGGUUGCCCACCGCAAUGCUUGUCCUCAAAAUACGGCUGCUGCGAAGAUAACGUCACUGAAGCAAAGGGUCCUAAACAAAAAGGUUGUAAGAAACCCGAAGAAGAAAUGCCUACUACAACUGAGAAACCUAAAGACAUACCUUGUGAUACUACCGAAUUCGGAUGUUGCCCCGAUGGAAAUAGCACAGCACAAGGAAUUAACUUUAAAGGAUGUGAUAUAUUCAAGGACAAUUGCAACGAAUCUUAUUUCAAAUGUUGUCCAGAUGGAAAAGUUUCCGCUCAAGGACCUAACUAUGAAGGAUGCGAAAUUCCUUGCCGCAACAGUACAUUCGGUUGCUGCCCUGAUAAUAUUACUCCUGCUCACGGCUACAACCGAGAAGGAUGCUGCUUGAGUGAACCAUUUGGUUGUUGCCCCGAUAACAUCGUGGCAGCGCGAGGUACAAACUUCCAGGGUUGUGGCUGUCAAUACUCGCCAUAUGGAUGUUGCCCAGAUAAUACAUCAACUGCUCUCGGACCGAACAAUGAUGGAUGCGGAUGCCAAUUUACACAAUUUGGAUGUUGCCCGGAUAUGUUCACACCGGCAAGGGGCCCCGACUACGAAGGAUGUUUAUGUCAUACUCAUCAAUUUGGAUGUUGUCCGGAUGGUGUCACCUCAGCGAAGGGACCACAUAGACAAGGUUGUGGAUGUGAAAAUACAGAGUUCAAGUGCUGUUCUGACAACAAAACUGCAGCCACUGGACCUAAUCAAGAAGGGUGUGGUUGCGAGUCUUCAGCAUACGGAUGUUGUUUGGACGGUGUUACUACUGCUCAGGGUGAAAACUUUGAAGGUUGUGAUGAAAUUCCAGUCAACUUACAAGAGAGCUGUUCUCUAAACAAGGAUAGAGGAAGCUGUCGCAACUACACUGUGAAAUGGUUUUAUGAUAUGGGUUACGGCGGUUGCACCAGGUUCUGGUAUGGUGGAUGCGAUGGAAACAACAACAGAUUUGCAACUCAGGAAGAAUGUGAUGGAGUUUGUGUUAACGCCCAAGGGUCUGAUAGAUGUAACCUUCCAAAAGUUCCUGGACCUUGCGAAGGGUACCAUCCUCAAUGGUAUUAUGACAAAGAAAGAAAAUAUUGUACUCAAUUCAUCUAUGGAGGAUGUCUUGGUAACAAUAAUAGAUUUGAAACACAAGAAGAAUGUAAUCAACUAUGCGUUCGCGACAGUAAUGUUGAUGCUUGUGAGCAACCUAAGGAAGAAGGACCAUGCAGAGGACAAUACAGAAGAUAUUAUUAUGACAAAGAAUCAAAACAAUGUAGAGAAUUUAUUUAUGGUGGCUGCAAGGGUAACAAUAACAACUUCCAAACAAUGGAAGCAUGCAACCAAAAUUGUGCUAAACCAAACAGAAAGAAGGAUCACUGCUCGUUGCCCAGGGCACAAGGUAGUUGCACGGAAAAGGAACCUAGGUGGUACUAUGAUACACCAGAAAAACGCUGUAUUCCAUUCUAUUACUCUGGUUGCGACGGUAACGGCAAUAACUUCGCCACCAAAGAACAUUGCGAAGCCGACUGUCCUCCAGAAAUCGUUAAAGAUAGAUGCUACCUCCCGGCAGAAACUGGUCAAUGUGCAAAUUACACUACCAAAUGGUAUUAUGACACUAAAGAAAAACAAUGUAGACAAUUUUACUACGGCGGAUGUGGUGGUAAUGAUAAUAACUUUGAAACCCAGAUUGAAUGCGAAAACCAAUGUAAAUCGAGGAAAGAACCACCAACUGAACCACAAAGUCCUUCUGCGCCAGAACCUAAAAGGGAGCCAUUCCGAACUGAUUUUUGUUUCUAUCCUCAAGACACUGGAACAUGCACUAACUACACCAUGCGUUUCUUCUACGACAGUUCAGAUGGAGUCUGUAAAGGUUUCAGUUACGGAGGUUGUGGAGGCAAUCCAAACAAUUUCGAAUCAGCCGACGAAUGUUCCGAAAACUGCGGUCCAUCCCAGGACUUGUGCUCGUUACCCCCCGUGGUUGGUCCCUGUAAUGGAGCUUAUGAACAGUAUUAUUACGACAGGAAUACCGACAGUUGUCAGACUUUCACUUACGGAGGUUGUCAGGGUAAUAAUAACAGAUUUACCGAGAAAGCGUCUUGUGAAGUGAGAUGCAGAAGAAAGAGUCCAGAUGAAUAUACCACACAACCUCCAGUACCUCCUAAUGAUAUGGCUAUGUGCUACGAACCUAUGGACCCCGGAAACUGUACCGAUAACCAAAUCGCCUAUUACUUUGACAUUAACACCUUCAACUGUGUGUUGUUCACAUACACCGGAUGUGGUGGUAACAUAAAUCGAUUUAACAGUGAAGAACAAUGCCAGAGGCAGUGCGGCAGCUUCAGAGGCCAAAAUGUUUGCGAGUUUCCAAGAGAUCCAGGUUCUUGUGAUGCUUUCGUAGCCAAGUAUUAUUAUGACAAUCAACGUGGCACAUGCGAACGAUUCAAAUACGGUGGCUGCGGAGGAAACGGAAACAGAUUUAGCUCUUCUGAAGAAUGUGAGAGUGUGUGUCUCACUCGUCAGGAACCACAUCCAAACGUUGUCAGCACGGAUGUGUGUAAGCUGCCACUUAAUGUUGGUAAUUGCCAAGACGGCGUUUAUCAACGUUGGUACUUCGACAAUGAUAGAGGCAACUGUUUCUUGUUCGAAGGAUGCGGAGGAAACUAUAAUAAUUUUGUAAGCUACGAGUCCUGCAUAGACUAUUGCAAGGAACUCAUGCCGAACACCGAGUCUUCUGUUCCACCGAUCGCCGAGACUAACGAAGAACAAUGUUCUGACACCUACAAAAACUGUAUAAGUCUAAGAUGCCCUUACGGCAUAGAGGCUUAUGUGGAUGAAAAUAAUUGUAACCAGUGCAGAUGUACAGAUCCUUGCCAAUCGAUUCAAUGUGAUGAAAAUACUCGAUGUACAAUUGACAUCAAUACUAAACGAGAAAAUGCAAGUGAUCCACAAUACAUCAGUAUUUGUAGAGAAGUAAACAAAACUGGUGUGUGUCCAAACAUUGCGCCCACGGAAUCCAACUGUAGCACGGAAUGUAGAGAUGACGCCGACUGCUCAUCAUUCCUGAAAUGUUGCUACAGAGGCUGUAGCACUGUUUGUGUGGAACCUGUACAAGCCCCCGGAGAGCUAGUUACGAAACCCAGUUGGCCGGCUUACACAGAGGCUCCAGUGGAAUAUUUUCCUCCUCGAAUUGACCCAGUCAUUUAUAAACCUGAAGUAAGGGCAGCCCUUGGUGAUUAUGUCAUUUUAAAUUGUGCCGUAACUGGCAAUCCUACUCCUAAUGUAAGAUGGAGCAAAAAUAACAUUGAGAUCGAUGGAAAGCAACCAAGGUACAAAAUCAAGUUGGAUCAGACGCUACAAAUUAUCACGUUACAUGAAACCGACUCUGGAAUUUAUCUGUGUACAGCUGAAAAUGCUGUAGGUGAAUCUGUCACUAACAAAAUUAAGCUGGAUGUCGUUGACUCACAACCUAGACAACCUAGUAUUUUGGAACAGGAAGAACCUAACGUCCUCGUGUCAUUGAAUGCACCAACAACAUUAGACUGUUUCGCACUUGGUUAUCCAUAUCCCCAAGUUACUUGGUGGAAGGAGAAUGGAAUGAUUCCCUAUCAAAACAAGGACUUUGAAAUUAGAAAAGAUUACUCUCUACAUAUUAACAACGUUCGUCUUCAUAAUUUGGGAGUGUACACUUGUCAGGCUUACAACGGUCAUGGCAAAGCUGCCAGCUGGUCUGUGACAGUCAGAGCUCGAGGUCCUUACUUUAGUGAUGACCCGAAAGACGACAAAUACCGUCAGUAUAUUGUCAAUCCUCCACAAGAACCGGUUACUUUCAAACCGUAUGUCCCAACUAUUCGCCAGCCCCCGUACGUUCCCACACCUGAACCUCAUACAGCUCCCCCAUACACUGAACCGUCGCCAGAGAUUGUACCCAACGAAAUUCAUCCUGUGGAGUCUCAAACUGACAACUAUGUUUUGGUUCCGUAUAAUGCACCAGUUUCGGUUCGGCUUCCUGAGGAAUCUCGAAAAUAUCCCGUCGGCGCUAAAAUAGAGAUUCCAUGUGAAGUUUAUGGUAGCCCAGAACCUCAAGUAGAAUGGACCAAAGACGGCGAACCGGUACACCCAUCUGAAAACGUUGACAUUUCAUAUAACUACACUCUUACAAUAAACAAUGCUCAACUAACUGACACGGGAACAUACACUUGUCAUGCCACCAACGUAUAUUCUUCGGACGCUUCGAGUACCUAUGUAACUGUAGAAGGUAUUUACGUUCCAAAGCACUGCACUGAUAAUAAAUUCCUUGCUAACUGUGGCCUAAUUGUGAAAGCGAAAUUCUGUCGACACAAAUUCUACUCGAAAUUCUGCUGUAGAUCGUGCACAUUAGCAGGACAGUUACCAGCAGCUCCGACUCCAGAUAGCCUACAAUACAAUAACGAAAAUAACUUAGUAUAAAUUAGGAUAAAUCUACGUUAAAACUAGUCUCAAUAUUGUUUUUAAAAUAUAGGCAUCCUUAAUCAAUUUCCUUGUGACUUUAAGCCAUGCCAGUUCACAUAAUCUAUUUUUUAAUAUAAUUUAUUUUUUUAUUAUGUGUGGACUAUACUGUGUAGAUAUAAUUUUAAUUUCUUUUCACAUUUACUCUGUGCAAUUUUUAAUGUAUUAUGUAAAUAAUAAAAAUUCUUACAAUAAUAUUUAUAAAACUUAUGUGUAAAAAUGUGUCGAAUACAUUGUAAAAUUUGAAAAUAAAAGUUAUUUUAUAUUUA